GGACGCACGCAAAACUCAGCUGUACGUACACAAAUCUUCUUCCUGUUUACGUUUUCUGAGCGCUUUCAGUCCGAGAAGAGACCGCAGACAUCGCGAAUCGUACCUGGAAACAGGCUCCGCGUUAGUUUUUCACAUCCACAGCGACGUCCGUGCGCCUGCAGCCGAUCCUGUCUGUUAGACAGGCCGUUUCAAUGCAUUUCAGAGAAGCUUUACCGCCGCGCAGAUGGACGCCGUUGAUCUGUUUUCAAGCUGCAGAAAGGGCGACAUUGCCAGAGUGAGAUACCUGGUUGAACAGAGAGAUGUAGAGCUGAACAUCAGAGAUAAGUGGGACAGCACACCUCUGUAUUACGCAUGUCUCUGUGGACAUGAAGAGCUGGUGCAGUACCUGCUUGCCAACGGAGCAAAGUGUGAGGCGAACACAUUUGACGGCGAACGCUGUCUGUAUGGAGCGCUGAGCGACCCCAUCCGCCGCCUGCUCAAAGAGUACAAGCGUAUCACUGCGAAGGCCAUGCAGAGAGACUACUACGACCAGUUCCUGCAGACGCUUUUGGAGCAGGGUAACUACAGUGAUGUGACGUUUUUGGUGCACGGGGAGAUGUUCAAGGCCCACCGGUGUAUCUUGAGUGCCCGAUCAGAAUACUUCGCACACAUGCUGGAGACCAAGUGGAAGGGCAAGAGUGCGAUUGCACUGAAACAUCCACUGGUCAAUCCAGCUGCAUUUGGUGCAAUUAUGCAGUAUUUCUACACUGGUCGUUUGGACAUAGAUGUGAAUUACGUGGAGGAUUGCAAGCGUUUGGCGAAACAGUGCAAGAUCAGCGAGCUGAUUGAGGAGCUGGAAGUGAAGUGCAAACAGGUUUAUGAGUUUGUGUCUAAUAAGCCCGGGACGUGUGUGAAGGUGUUGACACUGGAUCCUCAUGACUUUCAGCUGCAGGAUGGGAUGGCUCUGCUGGCUGACAGUGCACUUCCUGCGGAGCUUAGGGUUGGAUACGGUCAGCUUCCUUUCGAUCUAACUGACAGCUUUCCGAGUUAUCCUGAUAUCUGUUUCCGGGUGGAGGGCUAUGACUUCCUUUGUCAUAAGGCGUUUUUCUGUGGUCGUAGUGAUUAUUUUAAAGCUCUGUUGGAGGAUCAUUUCAGCGAGGGUGAAACUCUACAGGCUCAUCCCAGUAUUCCUGUCAUCAGCCUUCACGAUGUGUCUCACGAUUUGUUUACAAGAAUCCUUUACUACAUCUACAGUGACAACACUCAGCUCUCUCAUGAGAACGUGUAUGAGGUUCUGUGUGUGGCCGACAUGUACCUGUUACCGGGUCUGAAGCGUCUGUGUGGAAGGACUCUGGCCGCGCUGCUCAAUGAGGAGAACGUGCUGCACGUGUGGAAGACGGCCAAACUGUUCCGUCUCUCGCGUCUGGAGGACCAGUGCACAGAAUACAUGGCCAAGAUUAUAGAGCGGCUGGUGGAAAGGCCAGAGUUUGCUGAUAUGAUCAGAGAGGAUGCUGGGAACGUGGCCGCCAGGCAGGAAACCGAUUCCAUCCCUCUGGUGGACGAGAUCCGAUUCCACAUCGCCAGUGACGUUCAGACGUACAGCGAAAUCGAGGAAGCCAACCAGAAACUCAGCGCCCUGGAGCUCCUGCUGGCCAGCAUUGGGCUGGAGUGCUGAAAAACAACAAGGAACUCGAGGUCGGGAGGGAGCGGGAUGCUGAAUGAUUUAUGAAAUGCUUUACAUGCACAAAUAAUCUGUAGCAAACUAGCAUCACAUUAGCAGUAACAAACUAAUAUGGUCGAUUCUAACCAAAAACACACUUGCGCACGCACAUAUACAGUCAGAUGCGUCAUAUCGCAGUGGCCUGUUGUGAUAUAGUGAAGCUUGCUGUCUGUAGAUUUUGUUGUUUUCCAUGAACAAACUCCCUCCAGAGAGAUAAAAGCCUCACAUUUUGAUGUUCGCUGGUAGUGAGCAUUGUGUUUCAGUUAAUAUUAGUUCUUCAUGAUGUUUGGACAUGUACUGUUCAAUCUUCCAGAUGCAUCAUGUAGCAGAAUAUUUAACAAACUCUACAGGAAACUUGUUGUGAAGUGUUGUGGAUGCAGAGUCAAAACAAUAAUAAUUCAUAGGUUUAGCUGAUUAUUUAAGCAAAUUAUUAUUAAUGCCUCUAAAUGUGCGUUCACUCACAAAUGUAUCUUCCAGCGCUGAUAUAGAAGUUUCUCUGCUUUGCAUCCACAGGAAAGACUUCUGCUAAUGUGCAUGCAAUAUUUGCAUUUAAUAUCAGGAAACGUGCUCCUAAACCUGAUUGUCCUUAAUCUUUCUCCACCUAAAUUCCUUUUCCUGCAUUGCUUUGAUUUUAUUUCAUAGCCUUUUAUUUAUUCUAUUUUAUGCUGGUCUUAAAGUGACACGUCUACACGAUGUGGUUUAAAUCUUCAGCAUUAUCCUUAGCUCAUUUCCGUCACAGCACUUGAGUUUGUGUAGGUUUGUGUUACUGAACUGGGUGCUAAGGAGAAUAUCCCACAAAUGACACUUUUGUGUAUGAACAUUCAUGAAUGUCAAAGUCAUGAAAUAUCUGUUUAUGAUCGGAUGCGUUGGCAUUGCAAUUUCCUUUCAUGUGAUUUAUGGGUGGGAUUCUGUGACUGAAUGGGAUGUACUGUACAUAGGUGAGAAAAAAUAAAUAUUAUUUAAUAAUGUA